CAACAUCAGCUCCAUUCUACAGUAAUGAUAAAAGUCUAAUCGUUGUUAUUAUUAUAUUCGAUAGUAUUUCUAUUUUUAUUCGAUAAUUAGAAACGAUAUUUUGAUUUUCACUUUCUGGAAAACCAGUUAAUAGCUCUGUAGUCAAAAGUAUUUAAAUAAAACGGCAACAUGCCUGUAGCAGAGGAAACUGUGUCUAUAUCCGACGUUAUCAGUCAACUUCAAGACUACAGUCCUACUAUACCUGAUGCUAUUACUGCUGCUAUAUGUUCAGAAUCUGGAUUUGAAACGAGUGAUCCACGAAUAAUUCGACUAAUAUCUAUCGCAUCACAAAAAUUCAUUGCUGAUAUUGCAAAUGAUGCACUUCAGCAUUGCCGAGUACGUAUGGCUACUAUGCCUUCCAAGUCCGGAAAAGUCCCAAAAGAUCGCAAGUUUACACUAACCAUGGAAGACUUAACUCCAGCACUUAAUGAAUAUGGCAUUGUAGUUCGCAAACCACCAUACUUUGUAUAAUUAUAUAAAUUUACGUAUUUUAAUUUAGGAUAAUAUUAUAUUGACGCAAAAAAAAUGUAUAGAAAUUCAUCACCUAAAAGUAUAGAGUUAAUACUUAAAAGUUUAUAAUAACUAUUUGAUUUUUUUUCUUAUGUAAACAUUUUGUACUUAAAAUAAAAAAUACAUUUUUUUAUUAUGUUAAA